UGUCCGCCAUGUUGGAUUACACACAUACUUCCAAGAUGGCGGAUCGACGUAAACCAAAACGCCCGUACAUUGAGACACUUGAUGCCGCUGCAAGACAAAGAUACAUCGCCAAAACUUCAACUAUUGGAAAUCUUGAUCCAUACACGAUCGACACCAAUAGAUUUAGCACUGAUGCAUCUAUUCUUCCAUCUGUUUCCUACCCAGACAUUGUCAACUUCUUACUGUAUAGCCCAAGCCCAUAUACUCUGGAAGAUUUACGAUGUUACAAAGGACUCGCUGCCUACAAUCAGUUUGUGAACGGCUGGGUACGAGACGUUAGAGCCACAGUUAUAGAUGGAUAUCAUCUUGUGUUAGGCAGAGUUAUGCACUCACAGAGAUUAUCUGAAACACCACUCAAGCCUUGGGUUAUUGCUGAAAAUUCCGGGAAAAUCAACAGCUGUCAUUGUGAUUGUGUAGCAGGACUUGGUGAAACAUGCACUCAUGUAAGCGCCUUAUUGUUUUAUGUGGACACUAAAGUGAGAAUACGGGAUUCUGCAACGGUGACUCAGUCAGCAGCCUACUGGAAAUUACCGGCCAGUGUACGCGGUGCAUCAUAUCUGCCAGCCUUUGACGUUGAUUUUACUUCUUCAAAGACCAAGAAAAAACAGCUAGAUAGUCUAGUGGGCAACAAUGUGAAUCUAACACCAGGAAAAAGACAAAUUAGACAGGUUGAGGCACCAAGCCAAGAAAGAGUGAACUCGCUGUUUGAAGCACUGAAGAUCAGAGGCUCCAAGGCAGCUGUGCUCAGAGUUGUGCCUGGUUAUUCAGAGGACUUUGUUCCAGAUGCUGCCAAUCCAAAUUUUCCUUCGGUGUUAACAGAUCUUUAUUCAGGAAACUUCACAUCGUUAUCCUUAGAUGAACUUAUCAACAAAUCUGAAGAAGUCACCGAAAGCAUCAAUGUAACAAAGGAAGAGGCCAGGUCCGUGGAGGAGGCAACGCGACCUCAAUCCAAAACUAAACUUUGGAAUAAAUUUCGUUCUGGAAGAUUGACUGCCUCCAAAAUCAAGAAAGUUUGUCGCACCAGUAUUCAGCAUCCAUCGCGAUCAUUAAUACAGAGUGUUUGCUACCCAGGUAACAAUUCUUUCGCUAACAAUGCAACAAAAUGGGGCCUUGAACAUGAAGAAACAGCCAAGAAAGCAUACCUACAACGAAUGGAGGAGACCCAUGAUAAUUUUAGAAUGACACAGUCUGGAUUUGUAAUCAAUCCAAAGUUCCCCCUGUUUGGUGCAUCACCUGAUGCAUUAAUUAGCUGUGACUGUUGCGGUUCUGGUGUUCUGGAGGUAAAAUGUCCCUACAGUGGUAUAGGAAUGUCAAGUCUAGAAUACGCUGAAUCAGCAAAAAAUCCUUGUGUCAUGAAGUGUGGCGAUUCUCUGACUCUAGGUAGUCACCAUGACUACAUGUACCAAGUACAAUGCCAAAUGCAUGUGUGCGAGGUAGACUAUGCCAUUUGUGGUGUGGACAGACAUGGACAUGCACAUUGAACGAGUGGAGGCAGACCAAGAUAUGAGGUGCGAAAUAAGAGAAAAAGGCAAGGAGUUUUCCGUGAAGUGUGUGUUUCCCGAACUUUUGGGAAAAUAUUUUUCAAAAUCAGAAGUGAAUGUUCUAAAUACUAGUACAUGUAUGUCCCAAAACAGUCAGCACAAGGAAGUUCCCAAAGUGGUGAAAGAUGUUGGACAGUCUGAGCUAUACUGCUUAUGUAAAGGUCCUGAAGAAAACACCAUGAUAGCAUGUGACAAUGAGAAUUGUGCCAUUGAAUGGUUUCACAUCAGUUGUGUGAAUUUGAAACGUGUGCCAAAAGGACGCUGGUUCUGUUCUGAGUGCAGGAGCAACAACGGAAAAUCACUUAAAUGUUCGAAAUAUAAAAAUUAGACUAACUGUUUCUUCAUUUAUAUACCAUGGCCACCAUAUUUGAUUUAAAAAUGCUUUAAAGACAGUUCAAAAUUUUUUAUUAUGCUAUAUUAAUAAUAUAUUUUUGCAUGUUAUAGAUGAUUAUACAUGUAAAUUAACAACUUGCAUAAAUAAAAUUACUGUGAAUAAUAUAGUCAAAUCUGCCUUUGAAUCAGUGCAUACAUAUCAAAAAUAUAUCCAUAAUUGUACAACACGUAUGUGUAUUGAAAUUUUAUAAUAGUCGAUUUAAUAACAUGUAUAUGCAUAUGUGUACCAAUAUACAAGGUACAGUUCACAUCAAAUAUUAUAUGUAUACUUGAAAGAGGGCACUGUCAAUUUAAUUGACUACAACAGCAGGCAUAUAAUCAUGUACAAUAGUAUCUUAUAUAAGUUAUGUAGAGUACAUCUGUAAAAACUACAUGUAUAUGUAUUCAUGCUAUUGUUGAAAAUUAUAAGAAAUAAUUUUAAGAUAUCAUCAUGACGAUAGAAGAAAUGUCUGAAAAUGUCAAUGGGUUAAUCAUAUUUGCAUUAUUUUCAUUAAUUUUUGUACACCGCUUGCAUUGCCUCAUACAAUUUACUCUGAACUUAAAUUAUACUGUAUUUAUCUGGCAAUAAACCCACAUCUUUCAUUUGUUAUUGUUAAUGCAGCAUACACUAAUAUAAUCAUGAGGAGUAAUAAGAACACGGUCAAAUUUGUUUCACUGGGUUUAUAUAUAUAUAUACAUGUAGGAUUAUCCGAUAAAUAUGGUUAAUUAUGGUUCAAAGAUUGUCCAGAAACUCAUCAGUUGACUUGGUGUAUUGUAAGUAAUUACAUGUACAAUAACAUAUCUUGUUCUAGAAAUCUGAUUUUUAUAUUGAAUUUUAAUUUUAACACAGUUUCAGAAAGAAUAAUAAAAAUUGAAAGUUCAACAC